AUAUAAGAUGCAGUAUCGGACACCUUGGGAAAUUUUGAACCCAGUGACGUCAAUUGCAAAUACUGAGACCAAUGAAACGUGUUUAAUUAUUAAGAACUUGGGGAAUUUAAAAUGUAGUGGGGAUUUAUCUUGGAUGUAGAAAACUUAUAAAAGGCCCUAUGUUAAGAAUAGAGUUACAGUACCGUGUUAACUUGUGAUUGUACAUAAUAAGUGUGCGGUACUCUUAGUUAGAUAUAAAACAUUAUAUAUGUGUAAUUUUGUUUUAAUGAUUUGGAUCUUAUUAAUUCAGUAUGUAGUUUAGUAUAUAUAUACUUAUAUUGUCGUAUUAAUGUUAAGUGUAUGCGAGUGAUUGUGAUGAAUAAGAAGUGGGAGGAUGUCCAAAGUCAAGCAUCAUUUAGCUUUCGGUAUUCUUAGAUCUUUGUUACACGUGGUAUAAGCAGAGUCAGUUGAUAAAUUUGUGAUUUUAUAUUUUUAUUAUUUUCAAAUUUAAUACAAUUUAUCAAAUAAAUUUUAAUUACUGAAGUGAAAAAACAAAUGAAUAUUUAUUUAUAUUUUUAAUUGUAAAAAAAGAAAAAAAAAUUGGGCCAUUCUUCAUAAAAAGGUGAUUUGAAUUAAGAUGAAAAGUAAAUAAUUCUGGGAUCAUAGUGAAAUUUGCUGUACACGGAGAGAAAAACAUCGUCAGAAAUAAAAAAUGACGGUGGCUGCAGAAACUAACAAAGCUGAAGAAGGUGAACCCCGAGCAAAAAUAGAGACAUUUGAUGACAUAUUGCCUUAUGUCGGUGAAGCUGGUCGUUAUCAACUGAUUUUAUUCAUUAUAUUAUUACCCUUCACGUUUGUUUAUGCAUUUCUCUACUUCACGCAAUUUUUCCUGACACUUAUUCCUAAUGAGCACUGGUGCACUGUUCCAGAACUCAAUGGCUGGAAUUUAACCGAUGCACAAAAAAUAAGUUUAUCAAUUCCAUCGGCGAGCGAUGUAAUUGAAGCUCAAUCAGAGGGUACGACUCAUUUUUCAAGAUGUCAUGUGUACGCUGUAAAUUUUACGGAAAUAUUGAAUGCUGGUAUAAGAGAAGCUGAUCCUUCAUGGCCUACUAAACCAUGUGAGCAUGGGUGGAGUUUCAAUUAUACUGCGGUACCAUAUGCAUCGAUUGCUGCCGAACUCGAGUGGGUUUGUGACAAAAAUUAUUUAUCUUCAGCAGCACAAUCCGCUUUUUUUAUCGGCAGCAUAAUUGGAGGUUUCAUAUUCGGUUACAUUGCCGAUCACUAUGGAAGAAUACCAGCAUUAGUAUCGUGUAAUGCUGUGGGAUUCUUUGCGUCAGUGGCGACUGCAUUUUGUGAUAAUUUUUGGACUUUUGCGUUAGCACGUCUAGUCGUUGGAUCAUCAUUUGACAACUGCUUUAAUAUACUUUUCAUAAUAACUGUUGAGUAUGUUGGACCAAAGUAUCGUACGUUAGUAGCAAAUAUGUCAUUUGGUCUAUACUUUGCUGCUGCUGCGAGUUUAUUACCGUGGAUUGCUUAUUGGAUAGCCGAUUGGCGUAUGCUCAGUUGGGUAACAGCAUUACCAUUGAUUACUGCAUUCCUUGGGCCUUGGAUUGCACCUGAAAGCGCUCGAUGGUAUUUGAUGGCUGGCAAAGUUGACAAAGCCAUUGAGAUGCUCAAAAAAUUUGAAAAGAUCAAUGGUAAAACUGUUAAGCCAGAGAUUUAUGAGGAGUUUGAAAAAAGUUGCAGAGCUAUGGUUGAAAAAGACAAGAAAUUAAACAAUUAUACUGUUCUUGAUUUGUUCAGGAAGCCAAGAUUAGCUCGUAUUACUGUUGUACUUGUUAUUUAUUGGUUGUUAAUAAUUUUGACAUUUGAUGGGCACGUCUGGAAUAUGAAACUACUACAUCCCGAUGUAUUUACAUCAUUUUCCUUAGCAUCACUAACAGAACUACCUGCUGCAAUAUUACUAGCAUUAUUCCUGGACAAAUGGGGACGUAGAUGGAUGGGUUUUGCAUCAAUGCUCAUUUGUGGAAUAUUCUCGUUCAUCGCGCUAGCAACGCCCGAGGGUUCCAUUACCGUCGCCAUGGCGAUUCUGGCUCGUCUGGGUGUCAAUGUUGCUGCUAAUAUAGGCUUCCAGUAUGCCGCUGAAAUGCUGCCGACUGUCGUCAGAGCUCAGGGAGUUUCUCUUAUUCAUAUUAUUGGUUACUUUGCUCACAUAAUUGGACCCUAUGUCAUUUACUUGGCUGAUGUUAAAAAAGAACUGCCAUUAAUUUGUUUAGGGUUGAUAUCAAUAAUAGACGCGUUUCUUACAUUAACGUUGCCAGAGACAUUGGAUCAAGAAUUACCGGGAACUCUUCAAGAAGGUAAUGACUUUGGUAAGGAACAAAGUUGCUGGUGGGUUCCUUGUUUAUCUACAUCACCUGAAAAGAAGAAAAAAUACCGAAGAAAAGUCGGAGCUGUUAAUACCGGUUUUAAUCCAGGAAGCCUUACAAAAAUAGACUCUACUAAAUUAUAACAAUUGUAAUUAAUUAGUAAUUAAAAAUAUUAUUUAAAAACAAUUGUAAAAAAAAAACUAUUUAAUUAAUGCAAACAUUUUUUUUCGGCACAGAAAAUUUAUUUCGUUAAUUUAGCUGAUACUUUUUGUUUACUUUUUUUAUUGUUUGUAUUCUCUAAUUAAUUAUUAGAGUAAAUAUGAACUAUAAUUUAAUGAAUAAUGAAUUAAAAAAUAACAAUCAAAAUUUUUUUCAUGAAAUUAUUCGCGUACUUAUUUGUGUCA